AUGGUUUCAUAUAUCGUCGGUAGCUUCAUGGUCGUAGGCGCCGCUCUAGUACUCUAUGACUACAUGACGUGGGUAUCUUCCGGCACAGGAGGGAUACCGCCCACUCCCUAUGGUUACCUCAGGAGUACCAAACUUUGGAUGAAACAACUUCUGGGCGCCACAUAUUUACGGGACUCGAGACCGUUGGAAAACGAGCCCGCAUUGCAAUUUCUUCCCUUGGGGUCCAUCCCUCCUCGCCGAGGCGGACGUCCGCAAAUGAGAGCACGUCCACUUCCGCAUCGUCAGAUUGUUGACGAAUUAUCCUCGGACAUCAAAGAGCAAAUUCUCGCUUUGACAGAGAGAGUUCACGAGGACUAUCCUCGUAUCACGCUCGUACGGCCGUCGAGGGCAGGGGGCGAAACAUCCGUCGCAAUAUAUGCGAAUCCCGAUCUGCCCACCCUCAACAAGGCUCCUGCCGACGCGCUUCAGUGCGAGAUCGCCCAUGCGCCUCCAGAGGACGGGGCCUUCCACGUAUUGCUGUCUCCUGCAGACGCCGUGCAGGUCAUCCGCGCAUAUUGGGGCGAACAGUUCGCGAUUCCCGACUUGUCUCCUGGCUACAUCCUCGUUUACGCGCCAAGAGAUGGGGAAGAACUCGAAAUAGUGGGGAGCAUCCUACGUGCAGUACACUGGGUCACUGGCGCCUCGAGCGCUCUGCACGUUUAA